AUGCAUCUGCAGGGUGAUAAGAUGAGUGAGCCUCAGAAGGAUGUAAAAACAUCUUCAGAAAAUGCAAACUUUGCAAGCAAUGAUGAGAAGAAUUUGGUUGUUUCGUUUAUUCAAUUUGUGAAACUUAAGGCAUCGUCCAAACAAUGUACAGAAGAACAGUUGGAAACUAUAGAAGUUGCCACUCAAUGUUUGGAAUGUGCUUUUGGGCUAAACGAUGCAGAUUACGCAUUUCAACCAUCUAAGCCUUUGCUGGAUAUAUUUGUCGCAGCCGAAGGCUUACCUACAGGAAAGUCUUCUUUGCCGCAGCCUACUGAGGCUGAAAUUGCUCAGGCUAAUAAACUAAAGGAGGAAGGUAAUGCGUUUAUGAAAUCAUCACAGUUUGAAGCUGCUGUUGCCAAGUAUAAUGAAGCAAUUAAAUUGAAUACAGACCCGGCAUAUUUUUGUAACAGGGCAGCUGCAUAUUGUCGGCUGGAGCAGUAUGAUCUCGCUAUUCAGGACUGUCGCACGGCCUUGGCGCUAGACCCGAAAUAUAGCAAGGCUUAUGGUAGAAUGGGCCUGGCUCUGUCGUGCCAAAAUCGUUAUGAGCAGGCUGUGGAAGCUUAUAAGAAAGCAUUAGAAUUGGAUCCAAAACAAGAGAGUUAUAAGAAUAACUUGAAAAUUGCGGAGGAUAAAGUGAAGGAAAUGCAAGAUGCAGCGAGACAAAAUCCAGGAGGUCUUGGAGGAGUAAGCUGGAAAUCACAUCUGAUAGAAAAAAUUUUACCUCAGUUUCCUGGAAUGAUGGGCUUUGAGCAAGUGCUUAAUAACCCCUCACUGAUAGGCAUGGCUUCACAAUUAAUGGCAGACCCUAAUAUUCAAAAUGCAAUAGAACAAGUGAUGAGCGGGUUGGUAGCAUCAGAUGGGACUGGAGGCGAUCAGGCUGGUCAUGGAAGUAUUAAUGAUUUUUUGCAAGCUGGUCAACAGCUUGCACAGCGGCUUCGAGAAAUGGAUCCUGGUUUUGCUGAAAGAAUACGACAAAUGCAGAGUGGGGGAAAUCCGGGAAAUCAAAAUGAUGGGAACAAUCCACCGCCAGCGGGCGACGGAAACCCUCCACCUCAACAAUAA